AUGAUGAAUUUUCGCAGGUGGGGGCGGGCCAACCGAGACGCGCGCGGCGCUCUGCGUUCGUUGUCCCGCGUGUGCAGGAUGUGGGGCUUUUUGCACACGCAACGCACCCCACGUCUGCAUGGGCAGGAGGGUGAAAGAGGGAGAGAAAGUCUUCGUGACGCCUGCUACAUACAGCUGCCGAGAGUAGACGUCGAGGAGGGCGGCGGCCCUGCCCUUCAUGAGGCCACCCAUCACGAGCAGACGGCCAAUCCGAAGGUCCGUUUGCAACGCUCCUGCGUCUGGCAUCUCGCAAUGAGUCUGCAUUGUCAACUGGUUCGAUUUCCUCUUUGUGCCGCUUUCUUCUACCCAUUGCAGAUGGCGUCAGCCCCGAGUGACGAUGUCCCUCUUCUGUCGGACGAUGAACAGGGGCUGAUGGAGCCCCAGCUGCCUGAUGUUGCAGAAGAGCUCCCUAUGGCACCGAGACGGCUCGAGCAGGUGCGUUGUUGUCUUGGUGUGAUCUAGAUGGCGGCAGGGUCACACAAUAAUCAAGAGGCCCUGGACGUCUGUUUUUCUUCUGCAGGUUCCGUUGGUGGGUGCACCAGCCGCCGACGAUGACGAAACGACAAAAACGCUGAGAAAACAUCACAAAGGCCAUCAAUGAAUCGAAUGCAGAGGGCGUGCGGAACGCCCUCUUUCGUCUGUCGCCUGAGCAAGCGAAGAAAGUGCUGACGACUGGAGAGUGCUACAGUGACUAUGUGGACUAUGGAUCUGCGAUCCACCUUGCCGCAGGUAUGCAUCGUCGCAUCGCUACAUAGAAGCGAUGCACCUACGCCGCCCCUGUCUGCCCCUGUCUGUACUUUUCAGAGAAGUGUUGGGAUAUGGCUGUGUUUGAGGCGCUGCUGCUGCGAGAGAGACACUACCUGCUCGGUCUGAAAGAUAAGGUAUCGCACUCAACACGUGUUUCGUUCACUGGCCGAAUGACUACCUUCAUGCUGUGUCUGCAGACCGGCAGGACGCCUCUCCACAUGGUGGCAGGAAGAGGUGCGGUUCAUCUUGUGGGGAUGUUUGUCGAGCUGGGUGGGACCGACCUGCUGAAAGCUCGGCGCAACGUAAAGAUGAGGACGUCUCGACUGGUGCAUGAAUCUUGCAGUGUCUUUGUCAUGUUCUCGUCCAGGACGGGGAGACGCCUCUCCACGGGGCAGCACGUGAGUCAUUCGUAAAGUGACGAAUGACACAAGUGUAGCAGUCAUCAAGUGUACUUCUUUCACUUUCAUUUAGGCCAUGCUGAUGUCGUGAUUGCCAUGUUGAGGAUGAAUCAAGACCUUCUGAAGUUGGAAGACAACGUAGGCUGCACCCAAAUUUAUCAAGAGACGUGUUGAAUGAUCCCUGCCUGCCAAUGACUCUGACAGAGGGGACACACGCCCCUCUGCCCUCGACAACCCGAGAGUUGCCGUGAUGAUGUUUGGCUUGGCUGGAGCUGUGGCCAUGGAGCUGCUCCAGUCUGAUUAAUACACUGUCCGUCGAGUGUUGCAGCCGCUGGUCCUUUCAGAAGUGCUCCCCGUCAUGAAGGAACUCCUGAGGAGCCGCUCCGAAUCACCGGGCCUCGAAAGUCUUCGCUGCUGUGCGGUCUUCCGAACACUGAUCAAGAUUCGACCAAAUGACUUCCUCACAGAGUAUGACGAUGCGGUAGUAUAGGAGAAGAAGAAAUAGAUGCCAUUGUUUCUAUCGUGCUUGCAGUGACCUGGAAAACAAGGCGGCCUGGAUGGAGGUCAACAGAAGAAAUCCGGCAUCAGUUUCUUUUGCAUUCGCUCUUAUUCGCUUGCUUUCCAAUCGGUUCAGUCCCUUACGGCAACCUUCUGCACCGAGACGACUUCAUACGACUUCAAGAGGUCACUUGAGGGCAAAGAGAAAGAAUGGCUAGCGCUGCUCGAGUCUGCAGAACCGCUUGAGGUGGUCAAACAAGGUACUACUCGGGUAUUCAAUGGAUUCUCUAGUGGCCCAUUCUGUCUCUUGUGACCAAUUCUAUGACAGCCAACUGCAUGUCACUCGUCACACAGUACUGGGAGAAGUCAUACGAGGAAUACACGGUGUUUUUGGAGCCCAGAAUGGUUUUCAUCAGCCGCGUGGUGUCGAUACUUGUCUUGUAAGCGCGGGUGCAAGCCGAAACAUACGUACACACGUACAUGAUAUGUAUCCUCUUGCGCUGCAGGGUCAUGUCUGUGCUCCUUCACAUCAAGAUAAUCAACGGGCACAGCCCGUUCUGGAGCGCAAGUGACACUCCCCUGUGGAGCGAGAUCACUUCCGCUGGCGCGGAGGCAAAGCAUCUGGCCGAGAACGUCAUCAGUCCCCGAUACAUCGGAUGGGCCACCGAUGCAUCGCUUUGGCUCGUAUGGGCUUGGGCCUGGGCGUGGAACAAUGAUGCAUGGCUUUACGUCACGCUCGCGACUGGAGCCGGAUUCAUUCUCCAGGAGGUCUACCAAGUGAGGGAGGGAGCCGGGGGUCAACAACGUGCUUGGUCAUUGGUACGCUUUCUGUAUCCCUAUAGGCCAUCCGUCUCGGGGCAUCUUACCUGGCAGACUCAUGGAAUUGCAUCGACUUCGCGGGUUCAUCAUCAAUCAUCGCCUUCGCCGUCAUCCACUUCAGGGGAUACUCGACGACAACGGAAAUGAGCGCGGGGAUCGUUAUAGCGCUUCUCUCUGCGCUUCGCCUCCUACAAACCGCCAGCCUGCACCAAGCCGUGGGGCCACUCAUCCUGUGAGGGAACUGGCACAGAGACACGAGACACCUGAGCGGACGCGGAGGCAGGCUUGGAGCCGUCUGUCUGCGUGGAUUGUGUGGUGCGCAUAUGUGUCAGCGCGGUCGUGAAGAUGAUCUCGGACAUCAGCAUGUUUCUGGUUCUGUACGCCUACAUCCUGCUGAUCUUCGCGGGCGUCUUCAACGUCCUCUCGUCCGACGAAGACCAUGAGUACUUCGGUACCUACGGCAAAGCCACACUCACACUGUACGUACAUGUGCGAUAAGCCCAUAAGUCACAGUACAACGAAACAGCCCGAUACUUGUCAACGCUGCAGUUUCUACGCCGCGGUCGGCGAGUUCAAUGACACACUUAACAACGCCAUCGAGAGCCACGACACACUGGGCGCCGUCCUCCUCUUCAUCUACGUUGUCCUGUCGUCCAUCAUACUCGUAUGUCAGCACUGUCUGUGCACACCAAUGGACAUGAGACACAAAAGGAAUCGUUUCCUCUUCCUUUGUGCCUCAAUAGCUCAAUCUCCUCAUCGCCAUCAUGGUGAGACGGACACGAGACGCUCAUGGCAGAUCGAGACGCUGAAUGUGUUCCUGUCUGUCUUUGUGUGUGUCUGUGUGCGUCAGGCGUCGACGUAUGCAGCGAUUGAGAACACAAAGAAGCCUCAAUACCAGUGACACACACACACAAAGGAGAUCCUUCACAUACCUUCCGGUCCCCAUCUGCUGAAUACAUGGCGACCUUCCCCUUUGCGUGCAGACUGCGCAUUCGCGUGUUGAAUGAGUACCUGUCAAUGCCACAGCAUGAGCGUCUGCCGCCACCAUUCAACCUCAUCGGUCAGUCCGCUUUUCUGUGACGGCCGACAACUAGUGCAUCUCUGGAUGCUCUAUCCGUUUUCAGCUGCGAUCAAAUCGGUUCCCCUGCGAUGUCUCGCCCCUCUCCUCCCCUUUCUCAUCCGCCUCUGCGAACGGCUUCUCAAGUGCUGCUGUGCACAAGAAUGGCGGCCUGCGGCACCGCAAAGCUGCGAUGGGAGUGGAUUCUGCCAGUGCUGCAAAGGGUUCUGGUGGUUCCUUGGGACCUUAUUUGUCAGCUGCUGCUGGCUGGCUGCGAUCGUUGCCCUGGUCGUAGCAAGGCUCCUGGCUUCCACCAUCGAUGCGGUCCUCUUCACGAUUGCCUUCAUGCCAGCCACCAUCCUCUAUCUAGUUCUAGUGAACAUCCCAAACACGGCACAGGGUAUUCGUGGCGACAUACGGUGGAGGCGAUGGGGUGACAUCGUAUGCACUUUUGUCUGCCUUCCCGUCGGAAUCGUAAUCCUCCCGUUUAUGUGCGCCCUCUGUAUCAUUAUCUUCUUCCUCACUUUUUACGUGGAAGACGUCAUGGUGACAAAUGAAUGCAAAAAGAAGGCGGCACCGAAAUGAAGAAAUGUUCUGCUGUCACAGAGCUGCGGGAAAUAGUGUCAAGACACUUGCAGCGGAAGAUCGGGCAGCGGUGCAUCGAGCGCUGUAAUGAGGAGUGGCGUAGUGGACCCAGUGACCAUCGAGAAGUGGAUCAAGACAGCAGACUACCACAACUCAAGCCCAUCUGACGUCAUGGCAGGUGAGACAUGACACAGGAACGCAAUCGGGCAGACACACAGGGGCAAGCCGUGUGUCUCUCUUUGUUGUACUGCAGCCCUCGACUGCCUGCCCGAGAUGCUGGUAAGGUUGCGGCACAUGGAUGAGCGAAUGACCCAAGCUUGA